ACCCCUUCUUCCUUAGUAGUCACUCUUCAAAAUUUUCACAACACAAUCAAUAAACAAAAGAGUAAGAAUGGGGCAUCAUACAUGUUGUAACAAGCAGAAAGUGAAGAGAGGAUUAUGGUCUCCUGAAGAAGAUCAGAAGCUUAUUAGCUACAUUACUACUUUUGGUCAUGGCUGUUGGAGUUCUGUACCUAGGCUUGCUGGGUUACAGAGAUGUGGAAAGAGUUGCAGACUAAGGUGGAUAAAUUACUUGAGACCUGACUUAAAACGUGGGAGUUUCUCUCCUCAAGAAGCUGCACUUAUCAUUGACCUCCACAGAAUUCUAGGCAACAGAUGGUCUCAAAUAGCAAAGUAUCUACCAGGAAGAACAGAUAAUGAAGUGAAGAACUUUUGGAAUUCAAGCAUUAAGAAAAAGCUCCUUUCACAAGUUGUUGCUAACAAUACCACUAACAAUAACCCUAUUCUCAGUUCUAAUAAUCAUCACCAUCUUAAUUAUCUUCCUAACAAUACUUCCUUAAAUAACCUAAUUGAUCAUAAUCAUCAUAUUGUUGGAGGAUUUCCCCCUUUUUUGCCCUUGAUUAGUAAUUCCAUUAUUAGCCCUAAUUAUCUCCUUGAUCCCCUACAAAAUCAUAAUAACCAAGAACAAAUUCCUCAUCUCAUUAAUAGUUCUAAUCAAUCAAUGAAUCCCAUCAUCCAAGGUUUUGAUAAUUUGGAUCAUACUUUUCUUCCACCAAUUGAUACUUCUAAUUAUGAUCCUACAUUUUCUUCAUCAGGGUUUCAUGAUUUAAUUAAUGAAGUUGGGAUAGAUAAUCAUAGUCUAGAUUACCAAUUUGGAAAUUUUCAUGAGUCAUGCACACAAUCAUCAUCCAUCAUUCAUCCAUCACCAUAUCAUGAUGAUCACAAUCGUCAAACAAUCAUGAAGAUGAAGCUAACACCCAUGAUGCCAAAAUUGGAAACUAUGAUCUCAUUUGAAGGAGAGGUUAGUAAUACCAUGCCAUCAUCAUUAACAUCACAUUAUCAUGAUCAUGAUAACACAUAUCAUACAAUUCCUAAGCCAGCACUAAUCACUCUAUCAUGUAUACCAAAUCCACAAGUACUAGAAUACUAUCUGAAUCAUGAGGAUCAUGAUGAGCAUCAUGUCAUGUUACCAUCACUACCAUCAUCCUCAUCAUCAUCAUCAUCACCACCACCACCAUCAUCAUCAUCAUUGGCAGUCUUACCAUGUGGUGGCAGUGGAGCUGUAAUGAACCCUAGCAUUAUCCCUAGCACAAGCAGCUGGAAUGCCUGAUUAUAGCAACU